CUAACAAACACAUACACUUUAGAGAAUUGUCUCUGGAAAUGUAGAAAUAGAAAAAGUGACUAUGCCAUUCGACUAGAAGAUCUUAAUAUUGUCAAAGCAGAGUUUGGAAAAGAAGAAAAACUUCAUUUGAAACCAUAUCAUUUUGACCCAAGAUCAACCCUCACAAAUUCGAGUACUUUAAAAGAAAAGUUAAGGCAAGGUCUCAAGCAGGUUUGUCCCGAUUCAGUAGCUCUACAGUUUUUGCCUAGCUCAAGUGGAUCCGAUAUUCCCAAAACCUCAGGAGCUGAAUACAUUUCAUGUGAUGCAAAUGUUGAGCAUUAA